ACGGCAGUUGGCAGCGUGACAGCGCGACCCAGCGUGAACCCUGCGAAACGCACCGCGACUGCAUCGUCGUCCCAUCUUUGGUGCAUCCCAGUCCUCACAAUGGAGUCCAUACGGCCAGCCCUCGCAAGCGUGCGCCUGACAGCACCCCGUCGCGCAUACCGCCCUUUCUACCAGUGCCUGCACACAUCUGCAACACGAUGCGCCACACCGCUGCCCCACCCCUCGGUACCGGGGCCGCCGCCAGAGACACCCACGCCCUCGGCCUCAGAUGCACUCGACCGCGUGGCCCGCAAGAGGCGGCAGGCUGAGAUGCUGCAGCAGGCCAAGGGCGCCCGUGCACAGGCAGCGAAGCCCACCAGCGCCCUGAAGAAGCGCUUCUGGAACGACGUCAGCGUCAAGGAGACGGAGAACGGCUUUCAGGUCUACCUUGACAGCCGCCCCGUCCGCAUGGCCAACAAGGAAACUCUCACCGUCCCCUCCUCGAAGCCCCAGCUCGCCACAGCCAUUGCCCUCGAGUGGGACCUCCUCCUCAGCGCACAGCAGGCCCUCAAGACGCACUACAUCCCCAUGACCUCUCUCGCCGCCCGCGCCAUCGAUAUCGAGCGCGCAGAUGCCAACGGUGACGAGCGCGUCCGUGACUCCGUCAUAGAACUGUGCAUGCGCUACCUGUCCACCGAUACCCUGCUCUGCUGGGCGCCCGAGCACGUGCUCAACGACGUCAAGCAGAACGGCAAGACACUCCGCGAGCUGCAAGAAGAGGUCGCAACCGGCAUCACCGCAUAUCUGACCAGCAAUCUCUGGCCCGGCAUUACCAUCAAGCCCAUCCUCGACGCUUCCAGCAUCGUGCCCGUCGACCAGGAGGAGAUGACCAAGCAAGUCAUCCGGGGCUGGAUCUCAGGCCUGCCUGCUUUCGAGCUUGCUGGCUUCGAGCGCGCGGUCCUGGCUAGCAAGAGCGUCAUGAUUGCCUCGCGACUCCUCCACGAGUGGGCCGAGGGCCUGGCUGAGACCCGUCAGCCCGGUGCCAAGAAGACGUUUGGCAUCGAGCAGGCCGCCGAGGCCGCGAGCCUGGAAGUCAGAUGGCAGAUUGGCGCAUGGGGUGAGGUCGAGGAUACGCAUGACGUUGAAAGGGAAGACAUGAAGCGCCAGCUUGGCAGUGUGAUUCUGCUUGUUGGCGGCACUUCAGCGUAGAUGUAGCGUGUGCUUGUCACGAUAGAGUGUAGAAUAGACGUCAGCAAGAGCUGCACUGUAGGUAUACGAUCGAUGGCAUCUGCAUAUACCCUGACCCCAACAGCCACGGGCUCUGCAGCUGCGUGCUUGAGGAACGUGGGCGCUACGUUGAAGUGAUGCUCCACUGCGACCUUCGAUCCUCCAUCCACAACACAGUUACAGCGAGUCGACCGUGUCUAGCACAGCGCUUGUGACCCACGCUGACCUCGUUUCAAGGAUGACAUAUAACAUAGAAUCCUCAACCCCUUUAUGCGUCCGUACUCACUACUACAUAAUGCACGUGAUCCGCAUCAAGGACUCGAGUCACCGGCCA